CUCGGUCAGCGCUGCACCCCUAAAACCUGGCCCACCAAUCCUGCGGUGAUGGAGAGUUUGGGGACAAAAAUAGCCUCAGUGGUGUGGCUUGGGUGCGCUCUACUAUUAGGGGAGUCAGCCUUUAUCUUUACUAACCUACGUUAGUACCUCAUUCUACAGAACACAUUGUAACAAAAUGGUUAUAAAAGUAUUUCUAGCUUCUUCAUCAGGAUCGACAGCGAUCAAAAAGAAGCAACAGGAUGUGCUUGGAUUCCUGGAGGCCCUGAAAGUGGACUACGCUCCAUUGGACAUUGCCUGCAAUGAGGACAACCGCAUGUGGAUGAGGGAAAAUGUCCCUGUGGAGAAAAAGCCCACCAACGGGAUCCCUCUACCCCCUCAGAUCUUCAACGAAGAGAGCUACUGUGGGGACUACGAGACAUUCUUUGACGCCAAAGAGGACAAUGCGGUGUAUGCCUUCCUGGGUCUGCCACCUCCUCCAGGUUCCAAGAAAAGAGAGGUUCCGAUGGAGGAGUGCAAUGGAGAUGAACACACAGAGGAGGUGGAAGCAGAGGUGGGAGGAGAAACAGGAGAGGAAGCAGCAGAAGAGAAGGUGGCAGAGGAGAAGGAGGCAGUCGAAGACACAGAGGAAUCCUUAGAGGACACUGCCCCCGUGAAGGAGGAAGAAGCCCAGGAAGAAGUAGAGGAUGAAGAGGCUAAGGGAGAAGACGAUCAGCCGGUUUCUGAGGAGGAAGAAGAGCUGCGACAGCUUGAGGAAGAAGAAGAGGCCCCAGAGGUAACAGAGGAGGAAGAAGAAGAAGAAGUGACAGAGGAAGCAGAGCAGGAAGAAGAGGACGAGUAGUUCCAGCCAAGAAAGGUUUAGGAUGUGAUUCACUACUGCCCAGCCUAGAGAGACCCCUUGUUCCGGCCCUUCCUGACCCCUCUGAUCCCUCAGACCGUCCCCAACCGGACUACCCACAUUGCCCCGAACUGCUCACUGGGAACGCACAUGUCCCCCUGCGGGAACCUGCUGGCUGAAACCUGCCAAUCACACACUGUCUGUACGGCCCACCCAUACUCCAGAGAUAACCCCCUAUUUUACCAGAUGUUUAUAUUGCAUUCAGUGUGUAGCUCAAUUAAAUAGUGUUAUUAGUUUGUAGUUUUUAGCAGCUUUUCUAAUUGUACAUACACAGUCAUAUGUUAAGCAUUUAAAUAUUUCAGACAUACUUCUCAUGUUUCAAAUUGAAAAGGGUAGUUUUAUACCACAGUUUGUAUAGGAUGAUGAGCAUCUUACCACCAACGCCUUAGCAGUCAAUGACCGACAGCUUUAACCCUGUGAGUAUCUGAGUGAAGAUCACUCUACUGUGAACUGCAACCAGUGAAUGGACUCUAGGACUAAAACAGAUCUAUCAAUGCAGUGCCUCUCACUCGAUGCCGGCAAAGAUGUUAGAUCUAUAUGUGUGAAUGCAACCCAGUGACUCUCAAUGCCUCAGUCCAACAUGAGAAAGACCCUCAUGUAGGGUUUCCACUAGCUUCCAUAGCCACAAAGUCAGAUUCCACAGCCACAAAGUCAAAUAUGACAAAAAAAAUUGCUUUUUGGUCUUACUUUAAGGUUAGGGUUAAGCAUAAAGUUAGCAGUGUGAUUUGGGUUAGGUUUCAAAUAAAAUGUUAAGAAAUUGUAGAAAUGGGCGGGGUUUAGCCAUCAUUAUGACUUUGUGGCUAUGGAAACUAGUGAGCACCCUCAUGUACCGUGACUUAUGACAGCUACUGGACACCAUUCACUGAACAUUACUGUUUGCUGAUUUACUCUGCAGUUUGUUGAAUGUAAAAGGAAGUGGAUGACUAAGAAAUCCUCCCUAGAUGUAAGAGAAGUGAAAUGCCAAUAAAGUUACGUGGUGUAAACAGCU